AUGGCUUUCCGUGUGCCGACCCAGGCACCGCCCCGAAGAACGUCCUACUCCGCCUCUCAACGACCGCCGCCUCUUGAUCUCCCGCUCUCGACGUCUGAACAGCAAGAAGACGAUACCACGCAAUGGGUGCUCUUCUCUCCGACCGCCCGCACGCAUACGACCUCCACAGAGCACACCCGUACUGUCGGAGCAUCACGCCUGAGUGAUUUUGGCUCAUUCGGCACCGCUACUCGAUCCGCUGCUGGCCAGGGGGGCGAGGGGGAUGAAGAGGAUGAGGAUGCGCUGGAUGAUCAGCUCGAUGAGGACGGCACCGAGCUAGACAGCUUGGACGAUGGUUUACAUGCCUUUCGUGCCCCAUCGCUGUCCCCUGCUUCCCCAACGCGGGUUGACCAGGGGCCACCGGCUAUGCUUCCGGCCCAUGAUGGGCUCGGGAGUUUCCAAGCGUCCAGCCAGUUGGCCCAGGAGCAGUUGUGGCAGCACGAGCAGUAUAACCCGCAACGGCGGGAGCAGGCCCUCCCCAGACACCGCCGGCGCUCCAGUGUUCAGCGACAUCUGGACACGGUGAACGAACAGGAGGCCCAUGUCGAGCGGGACCGUUGGCAGCGGAUCGAGCAAUGGCGGAUGGACCAGAGCCGGGCACUCUUGCAGGAGAUUGAGCGUGAGACUCGUCGGCGUCGGUCCAGUCGUGCGAGUGUGUCUACCAUUCCACGCUCCGUGGACUAUACCUCUCCCCCCACGAUCCCAGAGUCCCCGGCUGAGGCCGCUACUCCUGUGGAGCCAGAGGAGAUGGACGAGUCGUUCUGGCGUCGUAUCACACGCAAGGUCAUUCAGGAUCUGAUUGGUAUCGAUGACUCCCUCCUCUCCGUCAUUCUCGGCGAGUCCCUGGCCUUGGACGCACAAACUGCCGAAAAUGACUUGCCAGAGCUGGACAUGGAAACCGUGCUGGCACGUGAACCCGAACCCCAACAUAUCGAUGCGCCUCUCUGGCAGACUCGUGUUCUCCAGCGAAUUGCCCACGAGUUGGGUAUACUUGUGCACCAGCUGUGCGAGCAACCCGGCGCCUUUACAUCAUACUACCAAAUGACCAAGGACGUCUCGAGUGAAUAUGCAGGCAUGUCACUCAACCGCCUCGCCGACAGUACCACGUCGGUACGACCCUCCGAGCUCUCAGCCCAACCCACUGCGGAAACUAUUCCCUCCGACUCCAUGCCCUCACCCCACUUCAACCCAACCCUCCGCGACCCCAGCCGCGAACACGAAGCGCAAUGGGGCAUCGAAGACGAUGAUCCCACAGGAGAACCCGUCUCCGAAUCCACCCGUCUCCAACAGGAACAAGAGUACUGGGAGCGCGGUCUAGACGUGAUGAUGGUAUUCCGCUACCUACGCACCCGCUUCAGUCGUCGGGGAUACAUGACCAGUGACAAGUACACCGCGACUCCCACUCCACGCCACACACAGGAUGCCUCGCGCCGCGCCGCAAUCAUCCGCCAGCAUCACCCCCUCGUCGCCCGUGCCCACUCCCGUUCACAAACCCAAUCUCGCCGUCCGUCCCAGCUCUCCGGCGUCUCUGGCGCUGCGGGCGUCUCGUCGCCACUGGUCCGGCCACACCUGCGUCGACCGAGUUCCAGCUGUGCUAGUCAGAGCAAACUCUCGGUUAUCUCGAGCCGGAGGACGCUGACGGGCUCGAGCAGGAAUUACUGGGAUAUCGGCGGGUCGGUGGAGAGUAGUAGUGCGAUUGGCGUGGGAGCUGGACUCGGCACGUGGGGCGAAGCUUGA